AUGUCUGGCUACAUGCGGCGGCGGCAAGGCGUGCCCCCACUAUCACGGACAAGGAGCCUUGUGGUUCCUGAUGACUUUGGCUAUGGCUAUGGCAAGGGGAAAUGUACUAAACAAGGUCCAUUGGGAGCCCAUGAGACGCACUUUGAAGGUGGCAAACUUGAAGAACUUGAAAAAGCCAAUCCAUUCUCCUUCAAAGAGUAUUUGAAAACCAAGAACCUCAGCCUGUCAAACGAAGACAUGACCACCAGGCGAAUUUACUGGAAGGAAGCCUCAAGGCACCCACUGAGACUAGAGCACAGCUCCCCUGCCUCCCAGCCCAUGGGAUAUGGCCUGGAAUAUCAGCAGCCAUUUUUUGAAGACCGAACAAGAGCCAGCAAACUCAAGGAGGAGGAAGAAAAUGGAUGGAAUAGAACCCACCUGCCAUCUGUCGUAGGUCAGACUCAUAGAGCCAUACAAAACUCAUUGUCCUGUGGCACCAACCUUUCCUCUUUCUCCAACACAUCAGCACUGGCAGGUCCCAAGUCUUUGUCCCCAUGGAUGCGGUAUGACACUGACUCCAGGAUCUUUCCAGCAUUUCCAGCUAGGAAUCCUAAUGGAGACUUUGCAGCUCAUGAAGAAUCCCUAGGGGACAGACACCUGCGGAUGUUGCAGAUAAGUUAUGAAGCACUGCAAGAUGAAAACUUUAAGCUCAGAAGAAAGCUAAAUGAGGUUCGGAGCUUCUCUGAAACUCAAACAGAAAUGGUGAGGAUGCUCGAACAGAAGUUGGAGGUGAAGAUGAUCAAGGAGGAGAAUGACUACCAUGACCUCAAGUCAACAGUCCAGCAAGUCGAACAAAACCUCGAACUGAUGACCCAACGGGCUGUAAAAGCAGAAAAUCAGGUCUUGAAGCUGAAACAGGAAAUAAAAUUGCUUCAGGAACAGCUCUCAAACUUGAGGCAAGAAAAUGAAGCUCUGCAGUCAGGCCAGGAUGCCAGCCUUACUGUGGUGAAGCAGAACAUGGAUGUGGCUUUGCAGAACCUCCAUGUUGUCAUGAACAGUGCACAGUCAUCCUUAAAGCAGCUGGUGUCUGGAGGAGAGACACUGAACCUUGUUGCUGAACUCCUCAAGUCUAUCGACAGAAUUACUGAAGUUAAAGCUGAGGGGGACUCUUAA